AUGUCGGAUGCUCUCGAUUUGGAUCAGCUUCAGGCUCAGCUGGAGCUCAAGCGCUCGGCUUUGGCCGAUAGCAUCCUGUCCAAGCUGCCUGGCCUGAGUGCUGAUACCUCUUCCUCUUCCUCCUCUACCGCCUUACCCAAAUCGGCUCAGCAUCAACAAAACUCUCGGCCACGACAAGCAAAUCUCGGCGUCGGAGCAACUCCCAAGCAGCAGAACGCAGAUAGCAGCGGCAGCACCCGCGGUCCACGCAGCGCAGCCGAUUUGCGUCUCAAAGGUGCACUGACUGCAAAGCGCAAACGAUGGCAGGACCAAGAGCCUGCGGUGCAAAACGAGUCAGACUCAGACGACCAAGAAUCUAGCAGAGUAAAUGUCAUCAGUGCUAACAAAAAGUCGAAACACGAGAACAGCCAAACCACCAGUUUAUCCAACGUUGGCAUCCCCAAACCAGCGAACAAGGACCCGUUCGCUGUCAACGGCAUCCAAGCACAAAAGGCUGCCCAAAACCAACCUCGUAUCGUCGUUAUAAACGGUGAGACGAUUGAUCUUUCCAAGCUCAGCAAAACGCAGCGCAAAAAGAUCAACAAGCAACUCAAGGCACAGCACAACCAGCAGCAAGAUGAUCAGGCUCAGGACGAGGUCUUCAAGCCUGCCACCACAACCACUUUGGCAGACGCACUUUCCACGCCAGAGUCUCCACUUACUUCAUGCUCCAAGGCUACGUCACAGACUCCGUCAUCUAAUAACAAUCAGAGCAGCAGUCCUUCAGGCGCUGCAUUGACGCCACUCCAAUCACAAAUGUUGAGCAAGCUCUCCGGCUCUCGAUUCCGCACCAUCAACGAAAAGCUCUAUACCACAGCAUCGGACGAAGCUGUUCGCAUGAUCGAUGCUGCGCCCACCAUGUUUGACGAGUACCACCAAGGCUUUCGCGAACAAGUACGAUCCUGGCCCAAGAACCCGCUUGAUCGUAUCGUAGAGCUCUUCGACCCGUCACUCUCAAUUUACAAGGAUAAGGAUAAGGGCAAGGGCAAUGGGAAAAGCAAAAGCAAGGGUACGCCAUCGCAACCAUCAGGGCCGUCUGACCGUUCUAAACCUCGUUACGCUCCUGGCGCUUUGGUGGUAGACUUGGGCGCGGGCGAGGGUGGUUUGGCCAAGAAGCUGUCACCGAAAGCUGUCAAGGUGCUGUGCUACGACUUGAUCACCACCAGCGACGGAUGGGUUAGAAAGCAAGAUACUGCUGCGAUCGGCGGGCUGCCGUUGCCCGGGUUUUUCCUAGACACUGAUCCGCUUGGCCUGGGGGCCACACCAGAAGGUGUUGCGCAAGGCGUAGCCGAUGUUGCCGUCUUCUGUCUCAGUUUGAUGGGGACCAACUGGAUCCACAUGCUUUUGGAAGCCAAGCGCGUAUUGCGUACUGGCGGCGAACUGAUCAUCGCUGAAGUCUCGAGUCGAUUUGGCGACGGCUUUGAAGCGUUCAUUCGUAUUGUCAAACUGCUUGGCUUUGGCUUGGAACAUAAAGAUGCAAGCAACACGCACUUUGUUCUGUUCGAGUUCGUCAAGCUCUCCCAGCGAGACCAUCUAGCCUCGCUCUCUGCGCUGCAAGACGACAGCCAGAUUGAUCCGACCCAUACGUCCUUGGACGAGCUUGCGCAACACGGCAAAACACUGCUCAAGCCGUGUAUCUACAAACGUCGAUAA